ACUCCUGUGAGCAACCUCCAUGAGGCCCUGGACCAGUGCAUGACCGCCCUGGACCUCUUCCUCACCAACCAGUUCUCAGAAGCACUCAGCUACCUCAAGCCCAGGACCAAGGAGAGCAUGUACCACUCACUGACAUAUGCCACCAUCCUGGAGAUGCAGGCCAUGAUGACCUUUGAUCCCCAGGACAUCCUGCUUGCUGGCAACAUGAUGAAGGAGGCACAGUUGCUCUGUCAGAGGCACCGGAAGAAGUCCUCUGUAACAGAUUCCUUCAGCAACCUGGUGCACCGCCCCACUAUGGACCAGUUCACGGAAGAGGAGAUCCACGCGGAGGUCUGCUAUGCAGAGUGCCUGCUGCAGAGAGCGGCCCUGACCUUCCUACAGGAUGAGAACAUGGUGAGCUUCAUCAAGGGCGGCAUCAAAGUUCGGAACAGCUACCAGACCUACAAAGAGCUGGAUAGCCUCGUGCAGUCCUCACAGUACUGCAAAGGGGAGAACCACAGGCAUUUCGAAGGUGGAGUGAAGCUGGGUGUUGGAGCCUUCAACCUGACGCUGUCCAUGCUGCCCACGAGGAUCCUGCGGCUGCUCGAGUUUGUGGGGUUUUCAGGAAAUAAGGACUACGGGCUGCUGCAGCUGGAGGAGGGUGCGUCCGGACACAGCUUCCGAGCUGUGCUGUGUGUCAUGCUGCUGCUGUGCUAUCACACCUUCCUCACCUUUGUGCUAGGCACCGGGAAUGUCAAUAUUGAGGAGGCAGAGAAGCUCUUGAAACCCUACCUGAAGAGAUACCCCAAGGGUGCCAUCUUCCUGUUUUUUGCGGGGCGAAUUGAAGCUAUUAAAGGCAACGUUGAUGCAGCCAUCCGGCGGUUCGAGGAGUGCUGUGAGGCCCAGCAGCACUGGAAGCAGUUCCAUCACAUGUGCUACUGGGAGCUGAUGUGGUGCUUCACCUACAAGGGCCAGUGGAAGAUGGCUUACUUCUACGCUGACCUGCUCAGCAAGGAGAACUCCUGGUCCAAGGCUACCUACAUCUACAUGAAGGCCGCCUACCUCAGCAUGUUUGGGAAGGAGGACUAUAAGCCAUUCGGGGAUGACGAAGUGGAGUUGUUUAGAGCUGUGCCAGGUCUGAAGCUCAAGAUCGCUGGGAAAUCUCUACCCACCGAGAAGUUUGCCAUCCGGAAGUCCAGACGCUACCUCUGUCCCAAUCCUAUCUCGUUGCCAAUCCCUGCGCUGGAAAUGAUGUACAUUUGGAAUGGCUAUGCUGUGAUUGGGAAGCAGCCGGAACUCACAGAUGGGAUACUUGAGAUUAUCACCGAAGCUGGAGAGAUGCUGGAAAAUGGUCCAGAGAAUGAGUACUCAGUGGAUGAUGAGUGUUUGGUGAAGUUACUCAAAGGCCUGUGUCUGAAAUACCUGGGCCGUGUCCAGGAAGCUGAGGAGAAUUUUAAGAGUAUCUCUGCCAAUGAAAAGAAGAUUAAAUAUGACCACUACUUGAUCCCAAAUGCUCUGCUGGAACUGGCCCUACUGUUUAUGGAGCAAGGCAGAAACGAAGAGGCUGUCAAACUCUUGGAAACUGCCAAGCAGAAUUACAAGAAUUACUCCAUGGAGUCAAGGACACAUUUUCGAAUCCAGGCCGCCAUACUCCAAGCUAAGUCUUCCCUAGAGAACAGCAGCAGAUCCAUGGUUUCAUCAGUAUCCUUGUAGCUUUGUGCAGCACUCCCAGGCUGGAAGACAGACAGCUGGACAGAGCUCCUGGAAACAUUUCAAAAAGAUCCCCUCCCCCUGCCCUGCCUUUGGGGUCACCGGUGCUCCCGUGGGAUGGCACAACAUAGGUAUCCAUGUAGAAGUGCAGCCAACAUUUUCAGUGUGGCCAAGGGCCUUUGCCAAGGACUGAGCAGGUAGAGCCCUCUGCCUGCCUGACCACACAUACGGGUACUUAUUUUUCACUGUGAUGUUUAAAAGAAUGUAUGAACAGUUUACAUUUUCCUUAGAAAUACAUUGAUGGGAUCAUAGUUGGCUUAAGGAAAAAAAAAACAAAAAACCACCAACUAAGCACCUGUGAAUCUUUGUUUUAACCCAUACUGAUCUGGAGAAAAUUCUCUAAUGCCAAGGCCAAAUUACUUUUCAAACAUCAAGACCUCAGCUUCUGGAAGGACCUUCUUGUCAGAGAACUUGAGGAAUAUCCAGAAAGGUCUGUACCUUACACUUAGAAGCUUCUUGGGGUUGGGCACAAAGGAUGCACACAGAUACCCGUUACUUUUUAUACUUUGUUUCCACUCCCUUUGUAACUUCACAAUAUA